CGCGGGCUCAGAAGAGGUCCGUCGUUUGGCGCGGCCGGUAGGAAGGCAGAGCUAAGUGCUCGUGGUUCCGGGGCGCUCGGAAGAGUAUGGUUCUCCGGCGGCUUCUGGCCGCUCUGCUGCACAACCCGCAGCUGGUGGAGCGGCUGUCCGAGUCGCGGCCCAUCAGGCGCGCGGCUCAGCUCACGGCCUUCGCGCUGCUUCAGGCACAGCUGCACUGCCAGCUUCGUCGCGGCCUCCGCGACCGCCCGGGGCCUCCAGGGAGUCAAGGGGGUCCGGGCGCGAACUCUUAGGCCUGCCUGAGCCGGGUCGAGGUCCCUUUCCUCUCUGUGCCCGACACUGACCUUGGCGUUGAGUCCUGACCGGAUUGUCGCCAGCUGACGUCCUGGCAUCGGGCCGAGGGCACAGGGACGACCGCGAAGAAGCCCCUGAUAGACACCCAGACACGGCACGGAUCGCGGACACAGCCGGAAAGAGCCUGCUUCCCUGCAGGUGGGACUCCGACUCUUGGUAGAGGCCGUUGUGCCCGCACCGGGACACUGAGUCCAGGGAAAAAGGACGAAAAGACACCCUGCCGUUCUCUGAUUAAAUUGUGAGCUGAGUCAUGGGCAUGAGUGUGGUGCUUCUCAGACGAGGUGGGUUGGGAAUUUCGGGGCUGCAGGGCCAUGGUAAGAGUAAUUCACAUACUGGAGGCCGGUUUUCGCGCGGACUCUUGCUAAUUGCCUUUCUGUGGCUUGUCACUUUUUACAGUCACUCGGAGGGGAAAGGGAGGUCACUUCUUGAGUUGUCCAAAUCUUACAGAGCAGGGUGUGAGCGCAGGCAUUUGACUUCAGGGUAGGAGUCACAGCUUUCUGCAGGUAGCAUUUUCACUGCUGCCCAGGGACCACCUUCCUCACCAGCAGGCGGUGAGUGCUCUCUAUAAUGGAGCAGAGACUGGUCAGAUAGUUGGACCCAUGGCUGGGAAAUCCAUUUCACACAAAAAUGCUCUGUCAGCUGAGGAUCCUGGAGAGAUUUCUGAUGAUCUCCAUGUAGGCUGUACAGUUAAUCAUGCAACCUAGAAAGCUCGAAUUCACAGGCAAAGCUUUUGUGCUGGUUACUGAUGCUGACUGAGCAUUGUGUGUUCAAGGGUCCCACUAGGGCAGAUUGAAAGGGCCUAAGACACAUAGUGUAACUGAGUAGA